UUAUCAUCAUCUACUUCACAUUUCUGUCUAUUCUUGUAUUCCAUAUUAUAUACUCUGAAGCUACAUCUUACAAUUGGUGGAGAAGCUAAAACCCUAUUAUGUCUGGUCAUUCUCCAAAUUCGAAUCCCGUUGACCCAGUUGCCACUAACGCUCAUCCCAUUAUUUCUGAUACUUCUGCAUCUGAAGCUUCCAGUCAUGCCUAUACCACACAAACCUAUUCCCCAUAUUCGGCUCCCACACCCCCAGGUCGAUCCCGUUCUGAUGCUCCGUCUUCUGUCCUCACACUGGCAACUGUGUUCGUAAGACCUCCCCUUCCUACUCCCAUUGACUCUGCCACCUUUACUGCUUCUAUAACCAUACCAAGAUCCAGUUGUAAUAUUGCAGAAUAAGAAUAGAUGCCUUUAUUGUAUACUGGGGAUUGUGGUACUUAUAAGGAUUCAGGGAAGUGACUAUCUUUGGGUUAUGCUAUACUAUUACACUAUCC